CCUCCCUCUGGGGGAAGAGGUAAGCUCCUUAAUCAUCAACAAGAGCUUGCCAUAGUAGAUAUGGUUGUUGCAAAUAACGCAAUUAAACUGCAUGAGAUUCAAAGCAGAAUUUUGGAGGACCAAGAGAUAUUUCACAAUAUCAAUAGCAUCAGCCUCGCAACCAUUACGCGGACAUUGUCCAAACACAGAGUGCGGAUGAAACAGCUCUACACUGUUCCCUUUGAGAGGAACAGUGAGCGAGUCAAGGUGCUACGACAACAAUAUGUCCAGAGAGUUAUGGAAUUGGAGGCCAACCAGGCCCCUCAUGAAUUCGUAUACGUGGAUGAGGCAGGAUUUAAUCUGGCCAAAAGGCGUCGACGUGGAAGAAAUGUCAUUGGAAAAAGGGCCACAGUUGAUGUUCCUGGACAGAGAGGGGCAAAUAUCACUAUGUGUGCGGCAAUUUCAAAUGCAGGAUCACUCCUCCACAAAUGUCAGGUUGGACCUUACAACACCGAGCGCCUCCUUGCUUUUCUCGAUGAUCUCCACCAGCGCCUGGUUCCAGAGCAGGAUCAGGAGGGUGAAAACAGGAGGACCUUCGUUAUCACCUGGGACAACGUGGCCUUCCAUCACUCACAAGCAGUUACAGCAUGGUUUGAGGUCCACCCAAGACUGAUUCGUCUAUUUCUUCCACCCUAUUCACCUUUCCUCAACCCCAUAGAGGAGUUCUUUUCUACAUGGAGGUGGAAAGUCUAUGACCAUCAGCCACAUGACCAGUUGUCCCUCCUUGAAGCCAUGGAUGCUGGCUGCAGGGACAUCACAGUUGAUGAUUGUCAAGGGUGGAUCAGGCAUUCCAAGCGGUUUUAUCCAAGGUGUAUCGCCUUGGAUAACAUCAGAUGCGAUGUGGAUGAAAACUUGUGGCCUAACCCUGAAGAUCGCAGGGAUUAGAUAAAGGAAUUUUGUGCUUUUUUUUAGUUCUCCCUUUUUACUGGGCUUUUUGCUGUUGCUUUUUUGUUCAUGGAUAUUUUGUUAACUUUAAACAAUACUGUAAAACGUUUUCUGUUGUAUCAUACUGUAAACAGUAUUUCUACUAUACCUCCUGUAGUAAACAGUAAAGAAAAAAAAACUGAUUCGCUUUUUACUGGAAUGCUUUUGAAUGUGAACAUUACAUGUGGAUAUACAGUACAGUUCCCAACCAAAAAAUUUGGCGUAAAAAACAGUGGAUUGCAUGUUUUGCAUGCAAAUACCUGUAAAACUGAAACAUAAAAGUCUAUGCAGUUUUUGUAAUGUCCACAAUAGCCAGUAUUUUGAAACCUGGUGUACUUUGAUUGGCUGCAUGUUCCUUGUGAAGUGAAAACAAGAGUUAUUCUUUGAAAGAAUAAUUUCAUUUUGAGUCAGAUGUCCAGUGUUUUGGUAAAGUUAGUGUGUGCAGAGAAAGAUGUCUUCUAUUUUGAAAUGAAGAGUUAGUAUAUAGUUAACAAAAUGUGCUUUUGAGAAGAAAAUGAUCUAUUUGGCCAAUUGUGUUUUGUAGGUGUAAGUCUGUGUUAAGAGUUUAGAAAAAGUAUUUUAAGUAUAGGUAA